CUAAUCGUAAACGAAGCUGAACCCUAAACACCCAGAAGAGGAAUCAGCACCCACAGCAACUAUCUCUUCUCUCUUCGCAGUUGCAUAGCCACCAGCCCACCACCACCAAUCGAGCAGCCCACCGCCAUCACCACCGCAUCCCGCAGCCACAGCAGCGACGGCUUUGACCACCGCAACCACCAUCACGUCCUCUUUCAUCGCCGAGCUCGCCUUCUCUUUUGUCGCCGAGCUCGCAUCCUCGUUUGUCGCCGUUACUCGCCGCCGGUGAUAGAGCAAAUUGGAAGAGGAGCAUUUGGUUCUGCUUUUCUGGUCUGAGAAGAAGAGAUAUGUGCUGAAAAUGAUUCACUUGGCAAAGCAAACUGAGAAGUUCAAACAUACAGCAUACCAAGAGAAGACAGGCAGCUGCUACUUUGUGUGAAGAAAAUCUCUGCGAGUAUCACCUUUCUUCCAACCCUUUCAACCAUUUAUUAUUUAUUAGAAAGAAAAAGAAGGAUGGUUCUGUCGGAAGAGGAAAUCAACAGGCUCUAUAGAAUUAGGAAGACGGUGAUGCAGAUGCUGAGGGACAGGGAUUACCUUGUUGGGGACUUCGAGAUCAAGAUGAGUAGAGAAGAAUUUAGAAGAAAAUAUGGCGAGAACAUGAAGAGGGAAGACCUUGUCAUCAACAAAUCCAAGAAGGAUAAUUCUUCUGACCAGAUCUAUGUCUUCUUCCCCGAAGAAGCUAAGGUUGGUGUCAAGACCUUGAAGACUUACACCAAUCGAAUGAACUCCGAGAAUGUUUUCAGGGCUAUCUUGGUUUGUCAACAGAAUUUAACACCAUUUGCCCGCACUUGUAUCAGUGAAGUUUCUCCAAAAUUUCACUUGGAGGUUUUCCAGGAAGCAGAAUUGCUGAUCAACAUAAAAGAACAUGUUCUUGUCCCUGAGCAUCAAGUACUUACUGAUGCAGAGAAGAAAACUUUGAUUGAGAGAUAUACUGUGAAAGAAACUCAACUUCCUAGGAUUCAAGUUACUGAUCCUGUUGCAAGAUAUUACGGAUUGAAGCGUGGACAAGUUGUUAAGAUAAUCCGGCCAAGUGAGACUGCAGGCAGAUAUGUUACCUACCGAUUUGUUGUAUAAGAAUUUCCUUCAACGUCCUGACUAUAUUUAUGGUACCAUAUGCCCUCUAUCCAUAGAUAUUUAUGAGAGCUUGAGAAGCAUGGACAAGGAUAAAGAACCCUUUUUCUUUUGGCUGUACUCUGUUUGCUAUUAGUUAGAAGUUAUGGUUGAACCUUUGUAGUCAAACUAAGACACACUAUACUGCGGUGGUUGGUUUCCAAUGUUUCGCAAAACCCAUCUUUAAUUGCACGAAUUAUUUUGGUUGUG